AGACAUGGUGAAUUGUGUCACUUGUUGAUCCUACUUGACAAGACUCCUAACUGGGCACCGGAGUAUUCCUCCCCCGAAUGGCUACCGCGUCCACGUAUUUUCUUUACCCCCUCAAGCAUCGGACACUUUAUGAAUACCAUCUGCCAGGGUGACUUGGCAAACAGGAAUAUGUUGGGAUAUGUCGCAGAGGGUCCAAAAUGUUCGGCGAGUGGCACAUUUUCAGUCAUUCCUUUUCUUCAGGCUAAAAACUUAAGCUUGGGACUUUGAUUCUAGUGUAAACCGCAACGUUAAACGUACGAGCCUGUCGUGUAAUGCUCUUUACUGAGCCAUCUGAUAAGUUAUUCUGUAGCUACCGGUUUUGCUUGAAUAUUUGACCAUUCAAUAUUUGACCGACAGUUCGCUCUCUUAUUGUAUGACUAUACAUAACAUUAUCUAGCAUAGCUCAAAUUAAUAUACAGCUAUGCUCAUUUAUUUCUGAAGGGUAGACCUAUACCGCGUCUUAUGUAGGCGACAUUCUGUUAUUCUUCUAAGUAGCCUGAUUGGAUGCGGUGCUUAUGAGAGAGGUAUAGGAUACGUUCCUCCGCUAUUUGUAACCCAGCAACCGUCUCAAUGAAUGGCUGGCUGAACAAAUCCUAUUAUUUUAAGAAUUGACACCAUUAUUAGAUCAGACCUAUCCCGCAGAGUCGACUAUUUCCAAUAUUGCCUGAGACAAAGUGACUGCAAGAUAAUACUUUUUUUAUUUUUUUUAUUUGGGGCACACGGAGAGGUCUAGCUUUGUAGCUGGAGUAAGUCAAAGUGAGUUUUGCAACUGACACAAAUAGACGCAUACUUUAUGUGCCAAAUGACAAAUUCAUAAUUUGUUCUCAGAAUGCCUGCUGCUUUGCAAUGUUUCACUCGUAAUAAUUGCAUGGCUUUGGGGUUUGACAGAAAGAUCUGUUCUACGUACACGUGCCAACUAAAAAGGGUUCCACCCUCUACCUGAAAGGAGCGCACCUGGAUCCAACGAGACGGAAGUAGUUUGUAGAGAUUGAGAAACGCUCCACAACUGACUCUAUUCUUUUGGGGCAACAAUUUAUCUGGAAAUCCGCAUAUUUUGAAGAGGAUUUUCUUUUAGCGAUAUUCUUGACAUAACUUAAUUGACUUUUUUUCAUCAAGGGUUUGGAUUGCAGUUCCCAUCCUUAUUAUGUAAUGUCCAGGUUACCUCCUUGCAACUGACUGUGUGUUUGGUGAAGUGCUGUGUCAAAUAAAUCUACCCCACCCAUCUCCAGAAGAAUGAGUGGUCUCCGCAGAGUUUUCCGAAGGCGAUUACACCCCUUGAAACUGGUGAUAGUGGCCCUUAUCUUUGUCACAUUUUUGUUCCUUAUACAACGUGAGGUAGUAAGCCAAAGUCCCACACAAGAAGAGCCCUGGCUGAAGGAGAUAGCUGUCAAGCGGGAUGCCGUGCUGGGCAUGGUGAUGGGGGCAGUUAAUAACUUCAGGGACGCAAUGCCAAAAAUGCAGAUCAGAGCCCCAGUGCGCCAGCAGGAGACUGCAGGGGACUUUUCCUGUUUGUCAGGGACGUACACGGCUGCUGAGCUGAGGCCAGUCCUAGAGCGUCCACCACAGGACCCCAACGACCCCGGAGCCUCUGGGAAGCCCUUUCACACAGACAAACUGAGCCCUGCUGAACAGAAGGAGAAGGAUCGGGGAGAGGAGAAACACUGCUUUAACCUCUACGCCAGCGACCACAUCUCUCUCAGCCGUGACCUGGGCCCUGACACCAGACCACCGGAAUGUAUCGAGCAAACAUUCAAGCGUUGUCCACCCUUGCUGACCACCAGCGUGAUCAUUGUGUUUCACAACGAAGGUUGGAGCACUCUGCUGAGGACGGUGUACAGCGUCCUCCACACCUCCCCUGCCAUCUUCCUCAAGGAGAUCAUCCUGGUGGACGAUGCCAGUGUGGACGAUGCAUUGAAGGAGGAGCUGGAUGAGUAUUUGAAGCGGCUGCACAUUGUGCGCGUGGUACGUCAGCGCGAGAGAAAGGGCCUGAUCACUGCUCGGCUGCUGGGAGCCUCUGUGGCCACUGGAGACAUCCUCACCUUCCUCGAUGCUCACUGUGAAUGCUUCAAUGGCUGGCUGGAGCCUCUACUGGCCAGGAUAGCAGAGAACUACACUGCGGUAGUGAGUCCUGACAUCACAACCAUUGACCUCAACACCUUUGAGUUUAUGAAGCCCUCGCCAUACGGACAGAACCACAACCGUGGUAACUUUGACUGGGGCCUGUCCUUUGGCUGGGAGAGUCUACCGGACCAUGAGAAACAACGGAGAAAGGAUGAGACUUAUCCUAUCAAGACACCAACUUUCGCUGGGGGACUCUUCUCUAUCUCCAAGGACUACUUCUAUCUUAUCGGAAGCUAUGAUGAGCAAAUGGAAAUCUGGGGAGGCGAGAAUAUCGAAAUGUCUUUCAGAGUGUGGCAGUGUGGGGGUCAGCUAGAAAUAAUCCCUUGCUCCAUCGUGGGUCAUGUGUUCCGCACCAAGAGUCCGCACACCUUCCCCAAGGGCACCCAGGUGAUCGCACGCAACCAGGUGCGGCUGGCCGAGGUCUGGAUGGAUGACUACAAGGAAAUCUUCUACCGACGCAACCAACAAGCUGCACAGCUGGCCAAAGACAGGGCCUUCGGAGACGUCGCGCAGCGUGUGGACCUCCGGGAGCGGCUGCAGUGCAAGAGCUUCUCCUGGUAUUUGAAGAACGUGUAUCCAGAGGUCUUCAUGCCCGAUCUCAACCCACUCCACUUUGGCUCGGUGAAGAAUGUAGGUAAAGACUCGUGUCUGGAUGCAGGGGAGAACAACGAGGGAGGGAAGCGGCUGAUCUUGUAUCCAUGCCACGGACUCGGAGGAAACCAGUAUUUUGAGUACUCGACCCAUCACGAGAUCCGGCACAAUAUUCAGAAGGAGCUGUGUUUGCAUGGGACAGAGGCAGACGUGAAGCUGGAAGACUGCCAGUAUAAAGGCCGCAUCACAUUUGUAGGAGCAGAACAGAAGUGGGAGUUAAGGGAGAACCAGUUAUUCUUCAUCCCGGGAUGGAAUCUGUGUCUGAGUGCCCGUCAUGAGCACCCCUCCUUGGUUGCCUGUAACCCCUCAGACAGAUACCAACUGUGGCUCUUUGUCUGAGGACAUGACACAUGGACCUCGGCACUAGUGAUGACGUGUGCCUGGGCAUUCUAGGACCUUUUAGAACAAGUAGCAAUUGGCGUGCAUUUUUAAACAUAUUAUCAAAUUGAAUGUGUAUUUAUUUUUAAAUGUAGAAGAACUGCUGCUGGAAAGUUGGGGAUUUUGAGGAGAAUAUGCAACCUCGGGAAGGAAGCGUUCAAACUGAUACUGAAGACUUAAAAAGGAAUACACUUUUUUAUUUUUAUCACAGUUCGGGUUAAGGGAUUAUUUUUCUUCUGCCAUUCAAGACAACCGCUGCUUGUGGAUUGACGGCACUACCUGGGACUGAAAUUAGUGACUUUGGAUGGGUACUUAAUGAAGAGAUUUCCACUUGUCUUUGUCUCUUCUGUUUCUGUCUUACUCCAGAGGGAAAUCGACGUUCCAUUUGAUUGUAUUUAAUUACAAAGGCUUGUUCUUUAUUGCCUACACUGAAUAAUUUAUUAAUGCAGUAGAUAUGUGAAAACCAACAACAAAAUGGAGUCUCAAACAAUGCAAUAGUGAACGUGCCUUUUGCAUGAACAGAAUAACUAAGAUUGUAUGCACCAAAGACUCGUCAAGGGUUACUUUUGUAUUAAAAGAAAUGUUUGUAUUAUAGGUUAUUCAAUAUCUACCACUACUGCCUCUUUUUGUUAUGCAAAGUAAUUAUAUCAGGAAGGUACUAGACAUGCAUUCUCCCUUACCACCGCUAUAGGGUCUGAUUCCCCUCUCACCCAGCUGGUUUUCCUCACAAGACGAUUGAGGAUCAGAGGCACUGUCCAUACAGUGCCUCUGGUUAUCUUAUGUAUAUACUGUACUUUAUGAACAGCUAAUUAUGAUUUAAAUGUAAAUUCUCCAAAGUUGCAUUUUAACCAAUGGGCUUGAGUUGUGUGCUACUGUUAUAUUUGGCAUCCCAAAUUCAUAAUGAUCUGGUAUUUGCAAGAUGAGUCAUCUUUUCUUUUGCUUUUCCGUAUUGCUUUGACGGGGCGUUCAGAGGUGUUUUUAAUCAUAAGUAUGUUUACCUUUCUGGGACAGGCUUUAGUAACGUAACAUUUUCAAACACAAUUCCAGUCACAGAGGUGGUAUUUGAAACAAUCUGUUGUGUACAGUUUGACUGCACCCCCCCAAAAAAUGUAACUUUAUAUCUCUACAAGAAUAGCUGGAUUUUUCUUGGGGCCCCAGCCCCCAGGUACUUUAAGCAAAGUAAACUGUUUUAGAUGUCAGGGAAUAAUGUAAGGUUGACACAUCUUAACAAGAGGUACUUUUGGAUAGUUUAGUUCUUUGUAAUGUCUUUUUCUAUGCUUGACAACGCAUUUAGAAAAAUAUUUUUCUUUAGAAUAAAAUGCAUUUACAUGUUUUUGUAUAAUGUUCAUGGGGAUUGCAAAUGUUUUUUAAUAUGUAGGCUAAAAUGGGAUCUGAAGAAAGGGAAACAUUUUAAGCUUUGUUUACAACAUGGAACUAUGAUUGUAGUUUUGAUUCAAGUCUGAGUUCCCAGUAUCCCACAGUAUCCUUGUUUGAUCCAAGGAUGUGGGAUAGAUUUGUAUAAACUGUUUGUGUCAGUGUUAACUGACAAUGGAAUGUUAGAAUUUUGUUGAAUUUAGGGAUAUGCCUGGUCCUAGAACCGAAUGCCCUCGUGACUGACUCUUCUA